AAGCAGCCGAUCGAUCGCUCGGUCUUCGGCUAGGAGCGUAGCCCAGCGGCUGAGGCCAGCUCUGAGUGAUCGAUACAUUCUCACGUGCUUCAUGCCCGGAAAGACGAAGGACGCACCGUAAGGGGCAGGAACCGGCCCAGUGUCGGGGGCCUGUGAAAUAACCAGGUGCCUGUAAAUGGGAACUGCGACUACCCUACGCGCCCUGCGGGGUCCAAGAGAAUCAUGCCAUAGAGGCUGCCGAAGUGAUUGUUGAAAUUUAGAGGGUUGGGGAUGGUGAACUUGGAGAAAAGACUUAGAGGAAACUAUGACAACAGCAAGCAUUUAUCGAGUGCUUACUGUGUGCUAGGCACUGUGCAAAUUCGUGAACAUCAUUAGAGAGAAGAAAGAAGUCUACCAAGCAAACUGAGCCAUCUUGUGGGUUAGAUGUCAGAAGCCAGUCUUUCUGACAAUAAGAUGUCAGCAACAUGUUCCCUCUCAGAAGAACUCAGGGCCUUGCUCCCACAGACCAAAGAGGACUUCAAGUUAGAUUUCAAUGAGAAGGUUGAAAAAAGUGUAGUAGUAUUACUUCAUCAAGCUAGAGAGCUUUUCUAUGAAGGAAAAAAAAAUGAAUGUCUGAAGACAAGUGAAAUAAUACGAGAUUACUCCUGGGAAAAACUUAAUACUGGAACUUGGAGGGAUGUGGACAAAGAAUGGAGACGAGUUUAUUCUUAUGGGUGUCUUUUGAAAGCUCUUUGUAUGUGCCUCAAAAUUGAUGACAUAGCAGAAGCAAUCAGAGUCUGUGACAUGGGUCUGUUGAUGGGAGCAUCCAUACUGGGGAAUAUUCUGGUUAAAGUAGUCAAUGUCCUUCAGAAGCAUCUUCAACAUAGGAAAAGACCUUCUGAAACUGGGAUUGAGGAACUGAGCAAAAAGAAAACCAAGAGUAACCGUACAUUGACUCCAGCUGUGAAAUUAGGAACUGCAGUUCCACAACUACAAUGCCCUUCACUUGAGUUUUUUAGGAAAAAUUAUUUGGUUCCACAAAAGCCUGUUAUUUUGGAAGGGAUUGCUAACCACUGGCCAUGCAUGAAGAAAUGGAGUUUGGACUAUAUUCAAGAAAUAGCUGGCUGCCGUACUGUCCCUGUGGAACUGGGGUCCAAGUACACUGAUGAAGAAUGGUCUCAAAGCCUCAUGACUGUCAGUGAAUUUAUCAGCAAAUAUAUUGUGAAUAAGGAGAAUGACAUUGGAUACCUUGCUCAGCACCAAUUAUUUGAUCAGAUUCCAGAACUGAAGCAAGAUAUUUGUAUACCAGAUUACUGCUGUCUCGGUAAUGGCGAAGAAGAAGACAUAACUAUUAAUGCCUGGUUUGGUCCAGCAGGAACCAUCUCUCCUCUUCACCAAGAUCCACAGCAGAAUUUUUUAGCCCAGGUACUUGGAAGAAAAUACAUCCAGUUGUACUCUCCAGAAGAAUCAGAGUCUUUAUAUCCACAUGAAACACAACUCCUUCACAAUACUAGCCAGGUGGAUGCGGAAAAUCCCAAUUUAAUUAAAUUCCCCAAAUUUACUAAGGCCUCAUAUCAGUCAUGUAUUUUGAAUCCUGGGCAGAUUCUGUUUAUUCCAGUUAAGUAUUGGCACUAUGUGCGAGCUUUGGAUAUCAGCUUCUCUGUCAGUUUCUGGUGGUCAUAACUAUUAUUAAAAGAGGAAUUAAAAACAUCUGUAAUGCAACAGCAUAGUCUUUUCCUGAAGGCAGAGUAAUAAUGUAAUCUAAGAUCAAUAAAUUUGAACUUUUUAACAAUA